GCGCUGAGCUGAUAGCCCGGUGCGUCGUUCCACGUUUUUUGAUGUUUUGAUUUGAAGUGACUUGCUGGCUUCAGCGUGCCUGGAGACAGCUGAUGGCUCAGUGCAUAGUGAUGGCCAGUGUACUAGUGUUCGAAGCUGUGAUGUUUAGUACACAUGAGUAGUUUGUCAUCUGAGGGUGGAUAUUUGGAGAACGAGAUGGCUUCAUCUUGGACGUGGCGAAGGAGGGCUGAAGCACUUGAAGAUGACGAAACAGUGCGGCAAGCCGUAUGCUUUGUUGAGGAUGCUGUGCAGUUCCGAUCUAUUCACCACAAGAUUGACAGCUCUCCAUUGCGCGUCUACAACAUUUAUCACACACGCCCUGUGCAAUGGUGUUUGCAAGCUGUUGUUAUCAUUGACAUGCUCCUAGCAUUCUUUGAGACACCAACAUCAAUAAGUGCAUCAUCAGACCCAGCUAUGAAGCGUGGCUAUGAACUGCCGUGUGGUGUCAUUGAAGGCAUCGAGUUCUUCUGCUUGCUCUGCUUCUCCGCCGACAUUGCUGUCAAGUUCUAUUGGCUAGGAUCGCGGUACUUUCUGCAGCGCAAAUGGCAGUUGGUUUAUGCUCUUGCAGUGCUCGUUUCAAUGAUAGACUUGAUUGUUUCCACAUCACUUCGGUGCAGUGGAUCUGCUACGCAUUUAUCAAGAUGGCGGAUAAUACUGCGCCCCAUCUUUUGGACACAGAAUUCACAAAUGAUGAAGAAAGUGCUACAUUGCAUAGUGAAGCUGAUUCCAGAGAUAGUCAGUGUGUUGCUGCUAUUGUUCUUUCAUAUUUACUUCUUCACGAUGUUGGGCAUGCUGCUGUUCCCACCCGAAAGAAAAUACGGUAGUUCAGGAAAUCACACUGGAUCUCUGACGCCGAUCGACAAUGUGUCUGUACCGAUCAGUGGCGUUGAUGAAGAAGGCAACGUCUAUUUCAAGUCCAUGGACAAGGCGUUCAUCAGCUUACUCGUCUUGUUGACUACGGCGAAUAAUCCCGAUGUCAUGAUUCCAGCAUACACCGAGAAUCGCCUGUACGCACUGUUCUUUAUUGUCUAUGUCGGCAUUGGUACGUUCUGCCUGUUGAACCUGCUCACUGCCAUCAUCUUCAAGCAGUUCCGAGGCUAUUUCCAGACAUCAGUCUAUGCCAGCUUUAAGCGACGCACUGUAGCACUGCGAGCCGCGUUUGAGGUUCUGCGCAAGCAUCCAUCAUCAGCUGGAUCUGAUGUUGUUUCAACUCGCCUCGUCCGUGAAGUGCUUUACAAGUCAGAGUUUGGCUCCCUGGAGAUCCUCAAGCCCCUAAUGCAUGAAGUUCUGGAGAAGAACAGCAGUGGUGUGGUGUCAUUCCAAGAUGUCCACAGCAUGUUCAAUGUGUUGCUGAUUGACAAGAAGUCUCUCAAGCCCUGGUCGUACUUUGGGAUCUGAUGGUUGUCAAUAACUGGGGUGUCUUUCUGGAAGGUUUUACCUACGCCACAUCUACAGCGUGGUCUCAGGUGUACUUUGUCUGCUGGUGGCUUGUGUCAGCUGUGCUUGGAAUCAACCUCUUCAUUGCUAUGCUACUUGAGGCGUUUGUAACUCGCCUAGACAAGAUCUCCACCAAUCCAGCAUCUCGACCUUCCAGGCAAUCACCGCAACAAGAGAUGGAUGAUGGUGUUAGUUCUCCCCAUAGUUCGAGAAGUGAGUAUGAGCCACUGCUGAGCUCUCUGUCGAAUCACUCUGGCAGCAGCUUUCAUAGCCAAGGACAUGUACAGCACUCACAGGCACAGCAGCAGCAGCAGCAGCAACAGCCGCAGUAUAGGCGGCGGCACCAACGGCGAGACAGCGAGGAUCCGACUACAACACCGUUUGCAGUCUCAAUGGACAGUACAUCAGCCACCGUGUUGGAAAUAUUCAAAGCGGGUGGUGGUGAGGUGACAUCGGAUGCGGACAUCAUGCACGAACUGCACAACCAUCAUUUCUUAGUCAUCAACUAGAUAUAAGUGCGUACCAUCAGUGCGAUGAUGUCAUAAGUUGAGGACUACAAUGGCAACUAGCUGUAUCAAUGUAUGCCACUGCACUGUACCUGCAAUGCACCAUACCACCGCGAGGCCAGGACACAGAGCCAUGCGUAGUCAGUGCACGGACAGGUCAGUCACUAAUCUGCUGUACUCUCUUCUUGUCCGAUCUGCCUGGCUUCUCAGAACUUUCUGGCCAUUGCGGAGUGGACAGUAGCCUUUCCACUGCAUCCACCAUACACGCUGCUGCGUUGCUGUGUAGCACAACACUUUGCACUGCACACACACGCGCAAUGCUUCUUGAGAUACUAUGCUGCUUCACCUACAAGUAACAAAACUUAGAUUGUAUCAAUGUCAUGAAAAGUCUUGCCUCAUGGAAGAAAGAUGUUAUUUUCAUUUUUUAUUUUCAUAUACUACAGUCCAUCUUUCUUCAUGAGUCCAUGGGGGCUGAUACAGAUUUAUGAACUUGAGAUCUAAAUAUUUUUAAAUUGUUGUAAACAGCUCGUCGAAACUAUGAUACUUCCGGCUUAUGAUGCCUUCAUGCCCACGCCGUCACCUCUCUGUUAGGGUGUGUAUGACCAAUUUCGCACUUGCUAGUGCAUGUCUGGAGUCAGAGGGACUAAUGUCACGGCUACGGCCUUGUGUUUUUCAUCUACUUUGUAAUAUUUCGUUUUUUAUCCAUCUGAAAGUUGAAAUGUGUACAGGUACAUAUUUGAAUCGAUUGCUAUGGUAUAUUGACUAUACCAUUUUUUCCGUUUAUUUUAUUAGGAUCGUUUUGACAGCAGCACGUCUCCACUGCUCCGUGUUGAUCAAUAUUGCUCCGGCUCUUUACUGCUGUGUGUAUACCUUUCAUUUCUAUUGUAACUUAUUCCGUUGUGUUUCUCCUUAUUUGAACACACAUCACCGUUGUCAUGGCAUUGCCGGUCUGGUUUUACCUGUUAUUCGCAAGCUAUUCUCCCACAAGCA